AUGGCGACUGAAGAUGAUAACUUUGAUAUUGAUAUCUACGGAGAUGGAAGUGGAUUAAUCGACGAAGGUCAGGACACGACUUUUAAAACCGAGGAACAAGACCUAGUACUCGAUGGCCCUGACACGCAGCAAGGUGGCGGGAACGCAGAUGGGUCCGAUGAGAAGUAUGGCAACAGUAAUAACAAUGUGGACAAUGAGAGCCAUAAGAUAUUCAAAACAGAGAAGUCUCAAUCGGAGGCACCGCAAUCAGGCCACAAUCUACCGCAGCAGCCUCCAGCGCAACAGCAACAACAACUACUACCCCAGCAGGGCGUCAAACGAAAAGAAGCUGACCCAGACGCCACAUCCGCGCUGUACGUCUCGGAUCUGCAUUGGUGGACAACGGACGAUGAGGUUCGUGGAUGGGUAAACAAGGCAGGCGUGGAAGCAGACCUUAAAGAUGUCACAUUCAGCGAACAUAAAGUGAACGGAAAGAGUAAAGGUCAGGCGUUUGUCGAAUUUACAUCAGCCCAAGCCGCUACAAUAGCCAAGCAUAAGAUCGAAGAGAUGAACAAUUCCCAGCAAGGGGGGCGUAAGUAUUCUGUCACUUAUACCCAACCUAACAUCAAUCCAUUUAAAACCCUACCAAAGGAGAAUCCCAUGCGUGGUGGAAAAGACGAUCGAACCCCCAGAGCCACUCCCCCAGGUUUCAAUGCCGGUCAGGGUAACUUCGGCAUGAAUAGCGCCGUUGGAUUCCGCGGCGGCCGUGGCGGGUUCAAUAAUCGUGGCGGAAUGAACCAAAACAUGGGCUACAAUAAUAGGAACUUCACUCCUAUGGGUGGUGGCUUCCAGGGUGGAGCAGUCGGAGGCUUCCAAGGCAACCCUAUGGGCGGCAUGCAGAACUACGGAGGGUUCAACAACCGUGGAGGUAUGAUGAACAACAUGAGAGGUAAUCCUAACAUGCGUGGACGCGGAGGCAUGGGUGGCAUGGCCAGCCCCAUGAUGCCCGUUGGCGGACCCGUUGGCAAUAUGGGAGGCGUUGGAGGCAUGGGAGGCAUGGGUGGUAUGGGAGGUAUGCCCAUGGGAGGAAUGCCAAACCAAAUGGGAAAUAUGAUGGGCGGAAUGCAAGGAGGCAACAUGGGGAUGCAAGGACAAGGCUUCCAAAACCAGAAUCCUCAUUUCAACCCGGCCUUCUUUGGCGGCGGCGGCAACGAUAGUGGUGCUUGGAAUCCUCACGGAGUCAAACGAACUCGACAGGAGUAA